UUGCCUUAAUACAUCAACGUCACUCAGAACUUCAUAUUGGCUACAGGUCGUCUGAACAGGCCGAGAAUCCUUACCGGCUUUGGACAUACGAUCAGGUGUCAAACUGUGAAACUGUUAAAAAUAAGAGACGAAUUGAAUAUAACUGUAAAUCUGAUUGUUACACAUCUGUAUAUAAUACUACAAUGAGGGAAGACUCUUAUUUGAGCGCCAAAAUGGCGACAUAUCAAGAAUUCAUACAACAGAAUGAAGACAGAGAUGGAGUACGCUUUAGUUGGAAUGUUUGGCCAUCUAGCAGACUGGAGGCCACAAGAAUGGUAGCUCCCCUGGGGUGUCUCUAUACACCCAUCAAGGAGCGAGCAGAGCUGCCCCCUGUUCUGUAUGACCCAGUGCUCUGUACCAGACCCACAUGUAGAGCAGUGCUUAAUCCAUUCUGUCAAGUGGACUACAGAGCAAAAAUAUGGGCUUGUAACUUUUGUUACCAAAGGAAUCCUUUUCCACCCCAGUAUACUGCUAUCUCAGAACAACAUCAGCCAGCUGAGAUUAUACCUCAGUUUUCAACGAUAGAAUACACUAUCACAAGAGCAACAUGCCAUCCUCCUGUCUAUCUGAUUGUACUGGACACGUGCAUGGACGAGGAAGAUCUUCAGGCAGUCAAGGAAUCCCUCCAAAUGUCACUGAGUUUGCUCCCACCUAAUGCUCUGAUUGGUCUGAUCACGUACGGAAAGAUGGUCCAGGUUCAUGAAUUAGGCUGUGAGGGAUGUUCUAAAAGUUAUGUUUUCAGAGGGACAAAAGACCUUAGUGCAAAACAAAUACAGGACAUGUUGGGUAUAGGUAAAGGACAUGCUCCACAGCAGCCUAAGGGGCCACACAAUCCUCAGCAGCAGCAACAACUGCCUUCAAACAGAUUUCUACAACCUGUCCACAAAUGUGACAUGAGUUUGACAGACCUUCUGGGAGAAUUACAGCGAGACCCCUGGCCAGUAGCUCAAGGGAAACGCCCCCUCCGAGCAACUGGAGUAGCCCUCUCCAUAGCUGUUGGCUUACUAGAGUGCACUUUCCCGAACACAGGAGCUAGGAUCAUGCUGUUUAUGGGGGGACCCUGUACCCAGGGGCCAGGAAUGGUGGUGGGAGAUGAGCUCAAGUUCCCCAUCAGGUCCCACCAUGUCAUUGAGAAGGACAACUGCAAGUACAUGAAGAAGGCCAUGAAGCAUUAUGAGGCUCUGGCCAACAGGACAGCUAACAACGGACAUGUAAUAGAUGUGUUCUCCUGUGCCCUGGACCAGACCGGGCUGUACGAGAUCAAGUUCUGUUCACGAUACACAUGUGGACACAUGGUGAUGGGAGACUCUUUCAACACCUCCCUGUUCAAACAAACCUUUCAACGAGUGUUUUCUAAAGAUGGUCAAGGCGAGUUCAAAAUGGCGUUUGGUGCAACAGUAGAAGUCAAGACUUCAAGGGAGCUGAAGGUGUCCGGUGCAAUUGGUCCAUGUGUGUCGCUGGGUGUGAAGGGGCCAGCAGUGUCGGAUACUGAGUUAGGCCUGGGUGGCACCUGUCAGUGGAAGUUGUGUGGUCUCUACCCUAGUACCACGCUGGCCUUCUUCUUUGAGGUUGUUAACCAGCAUAAUGCCCCUAUACCUCAGGGUGGACGAGGCUACAUACAGUUUAUCACACAGUACCAACACUCAAGUGGUCAGCGCAGGGUCAGAGUGACCACUCUGGCUAGGAAUUGGGCUGACGCCAGUACCAAUAUCCAGCACAUAUCUGCUGGUUUUGACCAGGAAGCUGCUGCUGUACUGAUGGCAAGGAUAGCUGUGUUCCGGGCCGAAACAGACGAUGGGCCAGAUGUUUUAAGAUGGCUGGACAGAAUGCUUAUCAGACUGUGUCAAAAGUUUGGUGAUUACCACAAAGACGACCCCAACUCCUUCCGGUUUUCGGACAACUUUUCCCUGUACCCGCAAUUUAUGUUCCAUUUACGAAGAUCACAGUUUUUACAAGUAUUCAACAACAGUCCAGACGAAACAUCCUAUUAUAGGCACAUGUUGAAUACAGAAGAUCUGACACAAUCUUUGAUCAUGAUACAGCCUAUCCUGUAUGCUUACUCCUUCAAUGGAACACCUGAGCCAGUACUACUGGACACCAGCAGUAUACAGGUAGAUAGGAUACUUCUGAUGGACACAUUCUUCCACAUCGUUAUAUACCACGGAGAGACAAUAGCGCUAUGGAGAGAACAGAAGUACCAGGAUCAACCAGAAUAUGAAAAUUUCAAGCAACUACUGCAAGCUCCAGUAGAUGAUGCCCAGGAAAUUCUGCAGACACGAUUCCCAAUGCCUCGAUAUAUCGACACUAAACAUGAGGGCUCUCAGUCUCGUUUCCUGCUGUCUCGAGUGAAUCCAUCUCAAACACACAACAAUGCUUUUGGAUGGGGACAGGCGACUUCAUCGGAUGGAGGUGGAGCAGCCGUGCUGACAGACGAUGUGAGCUUACAAGUAUUCAUGGAACAUUUAAAGAAACUCGCAGUAUCCAGCUCCUCCUGAGCUGUAGUGACAAACUAGGACACAAGACUUUGUUUUGAAUUAACCGAUGUGUGAAGAACUCCGAGACACAAUUGAAUUAACCGAUGUGUGAAGAACUCCGGGAAUUUAUGUCCACAAGAGCAUAUUCCUUAAACAGUAAACAAACUCAUGGGGUCAUACAGGAAACAAUGAAGUAUAAGUAUUGGUACAAGUUGGUGACGUACUGCUACUUAUGACAUUAUGUUGAUAUCACAUUGACAAUAUCAAUAUCACAUUGUGUUGAUAUCACAUUGACAAUAUCAUUAUCACAUUGUGCUGAUAUCACAUUGACAAUAUCAUUUUUACAUUGUGCUGAUAUCACACUGACAAUAUCAUUUUACCCUUUCUUGCAAUCACCCAAGUUUACCUGUAAUUGUCAUGCAUGUGAUUUAUGGUAAGCCUAUAUACCCUGUAUAAGUGAUAGUGUCAGAACCUGUAUUCCAUACCUGCAUGCUCGUGAUGGUGGCAUCAAUGUCGCCAGAAAGUGUCCGAGUAGACCUGGUGCAGUCACGUAUGUAUCUAUCCGUGAUUGAUCCAUCGUGGUAUAUAUCUGUGUGUGAUUGGUCCACUGGGACAUAACAGUAUGUGAUUGGACAAAUUAGGCUCUAAAAAUGCAUUUUAAUCAAUGUUGUAAACUCAAAAUGAAAUGGUUAAAUACAAUAAACUUCAUAAGAAAUACAAUUAAAGUAUAAUAUGUUCAUGGGGAAGCCCUUGGAAUGUGAGAAAUUCAGCGGCUAUAGGCAAUGUUUACUGUAUACGUAGAUGUUUAUGUUCAUGACAAUUCCUUACCAGGGGACGCUAAUAUAGCUUGGUUGUAUUCAAGAACUCACAAUAAGUAUGUAAUAUGUUCCUAGUGUGUUUUGAUCUUCUCUGAAACCUGUGAAUACUGUGUAUUCAUGGCCUAAAUCUCCUGUGUUUGAUAUACUUUAUUCAAUAUGACAACCAUGUUAUGUGUGGUUUUCAUUUAUACAUCUUUCCAGAAUUCACUAGUCCCUGACAGAGAUAUUAAUCAGUUAUGGUUCCAAUAGACCUUGGUAUGUGAUAAAUGUGAUGUUAGUUCUGGCUAUGUGAAUAUAUAUAUGGACAGGGAUAUUUCAAACAUUUUAAAAGCAAUAUUGAGAAUGAGUUACCUGGAACUGUAGAUCACAUAAUUAUGCUAUAUAUACACAUUUACAAAGAUAAUGGUCAAAUUCUGGGUAAUUAGGGCUACCUCAGCAUAGGAAAACUGGGAUUGAAUAGAGGCAGGGAGACACUUUCAUAGACAGGGUACAUCUCCAUAUUGAAAUGUGAUCGCCUUAUGAAUUAAAGUGAAAAAUGCCUCUUGUAUGAUGUAAGUGAUUUAUAGUGUUUAAGAUUAUCAGUGGUUGUAAAUGUGUACGGUAUGUUAUAUAGACGGAGAAUGACUUGUAUAAAAGCUGGUUUGUCAGUGUUUGUGUGUAUGUUAUUAGGAGCAUAAUGACUUAUAUAAAAGGUGAGAAAUACAGGUGAGGUUGAGAGGCCGAGUUCAGGUAAUUACUAAGCAUUAGUAUUAUACAGUAUGUUGAAAGUUGGUAAUAAAUAUGUAAAACAUUAGAUACGAGAUGAUCAAGUUGUAAAAGGGCUAUAUCCUAAAGUGGUAACUGGUUCAUCCUAGGAGAUAAAGUUAGCAUCUCUUCAGUAACUUAAAAUCAUCAAGUACUAGUACCGGUAGUUAAAUCAAUAUGAAGGUCUCUGGUGAGUUAAGUUUAAAAUUUGGUGCAAAUUGUCAUACUUUGGUGCAAAUUUUGAACAUACUGUGUAUUCUACUCAAUGAAGUCCUUCAAAGGUAGAUGUUGAAACAUUUACUGCAUAGUGAUCUAUGAUUAUUGAUGUAAUAUAGUUUUUACAGAUAGUUCUGAGGAAAUAACACACCCAGUACAAAAAUUUACCAAGAAUUGAUGCAUAUUGUGCUUGUUUUAUAUUUUGUUCAAUGAUUUUAAAAUUUGUUUUCAUGUUUUGUUGGCAAAUAAUCAUUAUAAAUGUCUAGUAUUUUUUACUAUAAAAUAUGACUACUGUCAAUUGUGGAUGUACAUGUAUUUAUUACUUGAAAGAAAAGAAUGAAUGCAAUUUUCAAACUAAAA